AUGCCCAAGCCCGGCCUGCAACCCAUGCUCCAGUGGCUCCACUUGAUCAAGCUGGACGGGAGUGUUGUGCGGGUGCGGACAGCGAAGCACUACCAGAUUGAGCCAAAGGUCGUGCUGCUGAAGGACAAGGAAAAGGAGCAGGCGACCAAGGGGCAGAUCGGGCGGUUCAAGGAGCGCUUUGGGUUGAAGGUUGAGAAAGCGCCGUUAGCGAAAGAAGAGGAGCCCCAAACUUGA